AUGUCAAAGGUGGUGGUAUUCCUAAAUGGAUUAUUGGCAAUAACCUUUACGUUUGAACUUCUCUCUGUUUUAAGCGUGCCAAUCACCAAGCAUAUCCAACUUUGUUCUUAUCAAGGAUAUAAGUUUGGCGUGUUUGGAUAUUGCACCGAGAAUAAUAUCUGCACAACGAUAGGAAUCGGUUAUCAUCGAAAUUCAAUAGACGAAUUGAGAGGCUUUUCAUUACCAAGUAAUGCAAGAAGCUCUAUAUCAAGCUUGUUGGUGGUUCAUUUGAUUGGCUGUGUUUGCACCUUUAUUUUAUGGGUUCUAAGUCUCAUGUUGAAUAUGGAUAGAUUUCACAGAUCAUUAUGGUUCUUAUUAACGUGUCUAGUAUGGACUUGUGCUUUCUUUUUUUUUACAUUAUUCUCCUUCCUGGUAGACGUGUUACUAUUUGUGCCACACGUUGCGUUUGGAGGUUGGUUGAUGUUGGUAAGUACUGUAUUUUUGGCAUUUACAGGAACCAUUUUUUGCAUCAUGCGAAGAACUGUCAGCUCAAGAAAAACUCAUUUGAAGAACUACAACGGGGGAAGUACAAGUUUGAUGCGGCUGCAGACGUAUAUCUCCAAUAGCUCUAGAGGAAGCUCUGUAACCAAUGAUGAAUACGUCUGGUUUCAAGAAACUCCAUUACAAGACCUCUACCCCCCAGACAAUCCCAAUUACGACGACAUCUACGGAACGACUGAACACGAACUAACCCGCUUGGACACAAUAUCUCUUGAAAGGCCAAGAAUAGGCCUUAUCACAAACGAAAAUGCCAGCGGCGAUGGUGGGGUAGUUUCCCCACCACAGAAUGACAGUACACUUCUGGAAUCUUCGGGCAGAAUUAGGAAUGGGCCACUGGGAGACCGAAGUGAAUUUCCCAACGGAUCAACAAGCGAACUUUCUGCAUAA